GGAAAGCGUCGCGUUUGGAUUGCGUCAUAACUCGUGGCCGCACUUGUUUUUGAUUCAGUAACGCUGAGUAAUCUGUAGAAACAGGAUUCAGUCACCGCUCAAACAGGAUCAGACCCUGUGGGUGAAAGGAAAGGCUGUCUAAUAUUUGUAUCGAAGGUAUCCAAUAAUGACAGGAGGCUUGAAGGUUCUGCUGCUUUUGUCUCUGAGUCUUGUGGUGUGGACUGUGCCCAUAGACCGCAAGCAAGACCCUCCCCAGGAGGACAGAGCAGAGGACAAUGGGGACACUGGUCUGUACUAUGACCGUUACCUCCGAGAGGUGAUUGAGGUGCUGGAAACUGACCCUCACUUCAGAGAAAAACUCCAGUCUGCCAACACAGAUGACAUCAAGAACGGACGUCUCAGCAAGGAGUUGGAUUUGGUGGGCCACCAUGUGAGGACACGACUGGAUGAGCUAAAGAGGCAAGAGGUCUCGCGCCUCCGGAUGUUACUGAAGGCCAAACUGGACAGCACCAACGCACAGAGUGUUCAGAUGGAUCACGUUUCCUUGUUGAAGCAGUUUGAACAUCUGGACCCUCAUAAUCAGAACACAUUUGAAGCCAAAGACCUGGAGCUGCUUAUAGUAACGGCCACUAAAGAUCUUGAGAAUUACGAUGCGGAGCGUCACGAGGAGUUUAAGCGCUACGAGAUGCUGAAAGAACACGAGAGGAGAGAGUACCUGAAGAGUUUGGACCAGGAGAAGAGAGAGGAGGAGGAGAAGAGAAUCCAGGAGCUGAAAGAAAAGCACCGGCAGCACCCUAAAGUUAACGCUCCGGGAAGCGUGGAUCAGUUACGAGAGGUUUGGAAAGAGACAGAUGGGCUGGAUCCACAGGAGUUCAACCCCAAGACAUUCUUUAAGCUCCACGAUACGAAUGGUGACGGUGUGUUGGAUGAGCAAGAGCUGGAGGCCCUUUUCACGAAAGAGCUGGAGAAGGUGUAUGAUCCCAAGAAUGAAGAGGAUGACAUGAUGGAGAUGGAGGAGGAGAGGCUGAGGAUGCGAGAACACGUCAUGCAAAACGUAGAUCUCAAUCAUGACAGACUGGUCAGCCUUGAAGAGUUCCUCAAGUCUACGGAGAAGAAAGAGUUUAACAACGCAAAGGAAUGGGAGACACUGGAUGAUACAAAGCCAGUGUACACAGAAGAGGAGCUGCAGCGCUUUGAGGCAGAACUUCGGGAUAGAGAGGUGGAUCUCGGCAGAAGGGCGGAGAAACUACGACAAGAGCAGGAACUUCUCAAAGAGAGAAGCAAAGCCCUUGAAGCCCAGAAACGAGAAUAUCAGCAGGCAGUGAUGGAGAGGUCACAAAAACAAAAGGAGCAACAGGCACUGAACAGACAGCCUCCCUCAGGUCCUAAUGGUGAGCUGCAGUUUCAGCAAGAGAUCCAGAAACUAGCAAAUGAAGAUAAUCAAGUGCUUAAAGUCCCAGUCGAUGAGAAUGGAAAUGUGCCAGCUGAGCCACCACAGAAUCUGCCACAGCACACGUCCUAACACAAACACAUGCACACUUCUACCUGAUUUACAGUUUUCAAGAACCUGCCUUUGAAUUGCACAGGGCACGUACACAUACACACACAAGCCUGUCGACUUAACCCUGUUCUUAUCUUAUUCUCUCAGCAUAACAGAAUAACAGUAAUUAACAGUUUAACCUCCUCAUGGUGUUUCUGCUUUAUCCUCAACCAAAUAUGCUCAAAUCCCUAAUAGAGUGGCAUCAGUAUAGACCGUUUGCAUGUUCCCUUCUAAAGAAUGGCACAUUAAUAUUGGAUAUGUGGCUUUGUUUGGUGGUAGUCAGGUUUUUUUUUUUUAAUAUUGCUACUUUUGCCCUGGUUUCAAGGUUUACAGCCCUGCUUGCUUUUCGUUGUGUUUCUCGACUGGAAUAAAGUGGUUCUUUUCUGUGGUUCUCAUUAUGAGAGUAAAACCUUCUAGACAAGGCUUUCUGAUGUAAGGUUUCUAAUAGACUCAGACGAGCACAAAACUGUAAAUCAAACAUUCAGAUACAGCAAUGUGCAAUCAAUCAGUUUUAUUAUUAUUAUUUUUUAAAUCUAAUAUAAUUCCCACUGAUUUUAUGGCUUUCAUUUAAUAAAGGCUAUUUAUGGAAA